AUGGCAGGCGCGGCGCCCUCUUCCUCCGCGCGCCAGAUAUCCCACACGCAAUUCGUCGAGCACCUCCGCCGUGCCGCCCGCGCCCGCGACGGCGAGCCUCUCCACGCCUGGGCGCUCAAGUCCGGCGCCGCCGCCCACACGCCCGUCUCCAACUCCCUCAUCACCUUCUACUCUUCCCUCCCGCGCCCCCUCCUCCCGGCGGCAUUCGCCGUCUUCGCCGACAUCCCGGACUCCACCCGGGACGUUGCUUCAUGGAACUCCCUCAUCAACCCGCUCUCCCGCCACCGCCCCCACGCCGCGCUCUCCCACUUCCGCGCCAUGCUCUCCUCCUCCGCCGCCGCCAUCCUCCCUUCGCCGCACUCUUUCGCCGCGGCCUUCACUGCAGCGGCGCGCGCGCGCUCCGUUUCCGCAGGAGCCGCCGCCCACGCUCUCGCCUGCAAGCUCCCCUCGGCCAGCUCAAACGUGUUCGUGUCCACCGCUCUGGUCAACAUGUACUGCAAGCUGGACCUCGCCGCUGACGCCCGGAGGGUGUUCGACGAAAUGCCCGAGCGGAACGGGGUGUCCUGGUCAGCCAUGCUGGCGGGCUACGCCGCGGGGAAGUGCUCCCAGGAGGCCUUUGAGCUCUUCCGGCUGAUGCUUGGGGAGUGCCCGUCGGAGAAAAACGAGUUUGUGGCCACGGCGAUCCUCAGCGCGGUUAGUGUGCCGCUGGGUUUGCCGAUGGGGAUACAGCUGCAUGGGCUGGUCGUGAAGGAUGGGUUCGGUGGGUUUGUAACCGUUGAGAACUCGCUUGUCACGAUGUAUGCCAAGGCUGCAUGUAUGGAUGCAGCAUUCCGUGUGUUCGAGUCGACCAAGGAGAGGGAGUCGGUCACCUGGUCAGCGAUGAUCACCGGUUACGCGCAGAAUGGGGAUGCAGAAAGCGCGGUCAGUAUGUUCUCAAACAUGCAUGCUGCAGGGUUCUCACCGAAUGAGUUCACCUUCGUUGGGGCGCUCAAUGGGUGUAGUGAUAUAGGAGCGUUGGUGGCAGGGAAACAGGCGCAUGGUUUGAUCGUGAAGCUUGGCCAUGAAGCGCAGAUAUAUGUGAAGAGCGCGCUGGUUGACAUGUAUGCCAAGUGUAGCUGCAUUGAUGAUGCGAGGGUAGGCUUUGAUCAGCUGUAUGAGGUUGACAUUGUCCUUUGGACGGCAAUGGUUACUGGGCAUGUGCAGAACGGAGAGCACGAGGAAGCCCUGAGCCUGUACUCCAGGAUGGACAAAGAGGGAAUCAUUCCCAGCAACUUGACUAUAGUUAGCGGUCUUAGAGCUUGUGCUAGCAUUGCAGCGUUGGAGCCAGGGAAGCAGUUGCACACUCAAAUUCUCAAGUUCGGGUUUGAUCUGGGCACUUCUGUUGGAUGCGCCUUGUCCACAAUGUAUUCGAAAUGUGGGAACCUUGAAGAUAGCUUGGCUGUCUUUAGAAGGAUGCCCAGCAGGGAUGUAAUUGCAUGGAACUCGAUCAUUGGUGGGUUUUCGCAUAAUGGGUGUGGCAAUGGUGCGCUGGACCUGUUUGAGGAGAUGAAGCUAGAGGGCACUGCUCCUGACCAUGUAACAUUCAUUAAUGUACUCUGGGCUUGCAGUCAUAUGGGCCUAGUUCACAGAGGGUGGAUUUAUUUUAGGUCAAUGACCAAGGACUACGGUUUAACUCCUAGACUGGAUCACUACUCGUGCAUGGUUGAUAUGCUUAGCCGGGCAGGGAUGCUAACAGAAGCAAAGGAUUUCAUAGAGUCAAUUACUAUUGACCAUGGAACUUAUUUGUGGGGUAUAGUACUAGGAGCAUGUCGUAGAAUGCGGGAUUUCGACAUUGGAGCAUAUGCAGGUGAACGACUGAUGGAAUUAGGUAGCGAGGACUCAUCAGCAUAUAUAUUGUUGUCAAACAUCUAUGCUGCCCAGAGAAAAUGGAAUGAUGUUGAGCGAGUGCGACAUCUGAUGAAACUUCGGGGAGUUAGCAAAGAUCCAGGAUGCAGUUGGGUUGAGCUUAAUAGCCGAGUUCAUGUGUUUGUUGUUGGGGAACAGCAGCAUCCUGAGGCGGAAAAUAUAAAUGUGGAGUUGAGAAGGUUAGCUAAACACAUGAAGGACGAAGGUUACUGCCCAACAUCUAAAUUUUCAUGGGACGAGGAACCAAACACACUGGAAGAAUUUCACGAGGAAGAUCAAUUAGAGCUGGAAUUAGUAUCAGCAUUUUAGCUGAUAUCCUAAACUGCAAGAACAAUACAGAACCAGCAAUGAAUACAGCUAGGUGCUGCAGCCAUUUCUACAUGUUUGAUGAGACUGGGAUGGCAUAUCUUCAUCCAUUGAAAAAUGUAUCAUUCUGAAUACAUGAGGUGUUAUGUGCUUCCAUGGCUGAAGAAUGAUGGCAAUUGUUUCAUUGGUUCAGCAAGAAAGACUUCAUAUUGACGGCAUGAAAUCAACUUGCAGAUCAUAGGACACAGUGCUAUUUUUCAGUGCUUCAAUUCCUUAUCUGGCACGGUGCUCAAAGCAAGAUGACAGCGGAACAACUUUUUCUGUGCCACAUGCUGCAGAGAAAUGUGAUGGGACUUUGCACAGUGAUUUCGUUAUCCACAUGCUAUAUAACUGCCUCUCAAAAGCAAGAAUGUUGAAGAUUGUAUUGGUUCAGAAGGACAAUUGUGCAGCUUCACGUUGCAGUUUAGACAUGUUGGAAAAUUCAAUGAAAAUAGCAACAUUAUAAUGGGAUACAGAAAAUAAAACUUGUGACUGAUUCGGUCAAACAGAUAGAUCUUUUGCCAGAAGCUGAGGUAAUCAGGCGUUAGUUGACAUACCACUUGAUCAAUACAUGACGGAAGAUUUCAGAAUUCGUCAGUCUUCAGGUGCCAGAACAGUGUAUUCUCUUCUGCUUGUCACGAUUGACAAAUGAGAAAUACAGUAGAUGGCAGUGUUACAAGUGGGUUCUUAUGGUUGAAGUCAGAAGGCUGCACCUUAUAACCCGGAACCGGAUCUGGUGAGAUUUGUACAACAAGAGAAAUUCUCCUUCGUCGCCAUGUGCCUCGCUGAAGAUGAGCCGCCUCCACGCGGCGAAAAAAUGCGCUCGCCACGAGCCGAUUUGGCCGGUGCCAUUGAGCACGCACGCAUAUCGCUUGUUUGCGGUGUCUGUUUGGUUCCUUUUUUUCCGCCAAAACCUCGCGGGCCAUGUCUAUUGUUGUAUUUGCUAGAGAUGCUGUAAGAUUAAUUCCGCACUUGAUCACUGAUGUACUGAAGGUGCUGUGAGUUGUCAGGUCUUUUUUUUAGGGAGGGAAAAGAAAAGUGAGUUGUCAGUUCUUGAUUGGACUUGAACCAGCUUUCCUGCCUCUGAACAAAGACGAUGUUCACUUCAGUCAGCGGAUACUAGGAAAACUGCAGUGAUGUUUUCAGCAUGUGGUGUUUUGACCGGUCAGUCAAAUUGCUUCUACGGGCGUGUGUAUAGACUACACGCGGAUGAUUCCAGCAUGCAUGGUUGAGCUGUUUUCUACUAGUUGCCCAUUUCACUCAACUGAUUAGGACAUUCCCAAUGAUAAUGCUAUUUGCUUCUUGGACAGGAAGUUUGUGUUUUGUGCUGACUUGACCAGAGUUUAUUCAGCGUGGUCGCCAAGCAAGCAGAAGCACCCACAGUUUUUACCUCACACCGGGUGUGUGCUAUAUAAUGCCCCUGCUGUGGCUGCAACUUGUACACAGAAAACACCGAUCUCAAGAAAUUUGAUUCAACC